AUGCAUGGGCGAGCUAUUGUCCAGCUCGUCAAAAGGCGAGCUGAAAAGUCACCUUGCUCAGGCGAGGUUGCCCCGGACCCUGGCUCCACCCAGGCCCAAACCUCAUCAACCAAGCAAAUUUUACUGUGUAAAGUUUUCUCAGAACUUCAUAAAAAAUGCGUGGAUUGUAAUGGCCGCAUAUUAUCAAUUCACCAGCGAUCGAAGGAUGGCCGGUCCAUCCUCCGCCAGCGAUCGAAGGAUGGCCUGUCCAUCCUCGGCGCUGCUAUCAUAGGGCAACACUUUGAAACAGCUUUACUGUUGCUAGAACUGGAUGAAUCGCUCCACAGCUUGAAGGACAAUAAGGACAGAACGGCUCUGCAACUUCUAGCCGAAAUGCCAACUGGUUUUGAGAGUGGAUUUCCCAUGGGCAUAUUUGAAAGACUCAUCUACAGUUGUAUGCCUGCACCAACCACUUUAUUAGGCCUUGCAAUAUUGCCUGCAUGCAUAUUUCUUGAUCGACUACCAUGGACAUAUACAAAUACAUGUAGGCUUAUGCUAAUGGAAGAGCCGAAGAAAUCAUGGGUCAAGCAAUCUGUGUUUAGUAAGAUCUUUUUGUGA